AUUAUAAACUCUUAUCAGAUAGGGAUUGUAUGGUUCUUGUACAUAGGCAAUUGCUAGGUCUUGUGAAUUGAUCAGUUCAGAUGUGCUGAUAAGAUUGGUUUCUCUCUUGUUGAUGUUCUUAUAGAGAGCUUUAAGUUCAGGUCAUUUACUUUUAUGUGGAAAAUGAUUGCUGCAAACACCAUAGUAUAACUAUGCUUUAGUUGCUGAAGAGAUUACUUGAGGUAGAUUCAUCAAUGGCCUACUAUAGUUACAGCUAUGAAGAUGAUUAUCAAGGUGAGUACUAUACCGGAGAGUACUCGAUAACCCCUUAUAAUAGCAGCUAUGAUCCUUCCCCAGAUCAUGAUUCAGUGGCUUAUUCCAGCUACAACUACAAUGAGCACCAAGUUCUUGCCUAUGAUCCACCUUCUUAUUAUGCUGCUUAUGAUCCUGUCUCAAGUUACUCAAGAACUGCUUACUCUGCAUCUACUUUCUGUGAGCCUCUGUGUAUUGAGUAUGAUCCGGGUCAUUACUAUAAUGAACAGACGCGAUUCAUUGUCUCGUAUAAUGUCUCAGAGUUUAAUGAGCCUGCGUACGAAGAAUAUGAUCCAACUCCUUACGGUGGUGGCUAUGAUCUCGCUGCAACUUAUGGAAAACCUCUUCCUCACUCGGCCGAAACUUGUUAUCCUCGUUCAACGCCGGAUCCGAAUGUCUCAUCACUGAAUGGUUUCUCUUAUGGAUCGAUUAUAGCACCUUAUGGAAAAGAUGAAGUCAAUGAACCUGCUGCAAAACCGCAAAAUGAAAGCAAACCAAUUAGCCCUCCUGCUAUUGAAGCAGCGCCGGUGCCCGUGCCCCUUGAACUUAGCAACGGCCGUGGAAAUUCUCAAGAGAAGUUGCAGAAAGGUGAAGAAAGUGAGGAAAAGGGAGUUGAUCAUCCUGAUCCCUCGCCUGGCUAUGAUACCGGAAUUUCCAAUGGGUCAUGUGGAGAAUUUGGUUAUGAGUAUGGCAUGCCAGGGCCACAAAUUCCACCAGGUUAUGGCUUGGAAGCAAUGGACCUUUGUGAAAGUUUAUUUGGUUACUGGCCUUGUCUAUCUCGGUAUGCUAGGAAUGUCAAUGACUGUCAAGAAGCUGCUGAUUGUGGAAGCCGUGGGAAUCAAUGGAAAGGGACUGCUGAUUAUCUCUUCGGAAGCUCAAAUCCUUAUGGUGAAAGGGAUGAUGGAGGCAACAGCUACGGGAACGCUAUAUAUGGCUAUGAAAGGCACUAUCAGGAGGAACCUCUCUACUAUCAGGUUAAGUAUGUUGAAGAUUCAUGGUCAUCGUAAUCAUGUCGGGCAUUCGUCUGUAUAUAUAUCUUCUUGAAUCAUUCAUCAAUUCCGUCCAAAAAGGUGGCUACAAAAAUGGGUCUUAAACAAUGGACCUUGAUGAUUUGCAAAAGCAUCAUCAUUGAUCAUCACAUCUUCAAAAUCCAACAGUGGAAAAGUUGAGGUUGCUGUAUGCAUUUUCUUUGCUGGCUUCUGUAAUUAUUGCUGUGGUGAUUGCUGUUUAGGCAUAGGCCAACCAAUUUUCCAUGGAUCACGAGAAUUGUUAUAAUGGAAGCAUUCAUCAUUAGAAGUAA